AUGUUGGAUACCGAGCUGAUGACAAAUCCGAUCCGCUUCUCCAGACUCAUCUCGCAGAUCUUGUCUUACGGCACCGUGCUCAUCCGUACGGCUGAGAUAUGGUGCCAGCCACAGGGGCAGGCACGCGGGCCCUGGAUCAGGGGUGUUCCGCUACCCCUGCCGGUCUGGGCCCAUUACGAGUCACCAGCCCUGACCGUCUCCACGGUCGAACAGUAUGAGGAAUUAGCAGGCAGCGUUGAACUUGAAACGCAACGCUUAUUGCGUGAGCAUCGCUAUGACACUAUUGGCAAUUUCCUCAGGUUCUACAAGGACUACACUGCAAGUGGAGAAAGUGUGCUGGAUCGAUUCUACCGGAAAUAUCAGCCACUGAUAACACACGAACACCAUACUUGCGUCGGUCUUGGAUUUGAAUUAUUACAUCGAUUAACAGGAUUGAACAAGCGAUUCCCAGGAAUAGCAAGUGGCCUCUAUUUAGUAUCUUGUGAAGAAACGAUUGGUGAUAUCGCCGGCUAUGUUGGCGGUCCACCAGCGGCAGAUAGCGGCGAAAAGGAGCAUGUACUAGUGUGCCUGAAAAUCGAGAUUGGCGGACGUCGCGGCGUCAUGCUGCUCGAUCCCGGUUACCAUGUAGCACGCGUUAUCACUGUGAUGGCCGAUAAGUUAUACCCUCAUACAGGCUGGUUCACACAAUCCGAUGAACCGACUUGUAAGAAAGAGUACAACUACUGUUUAUGUGCCGAUGAUCCUGAUUAUGUCGAGUGGCAUGAGAUAAAAACUCGACCUGGUGCCUUGGAAGGGGUGCAAGUAGCUCUCAUUUAUGUGGCAAGGCCAUAUUUAACUGCCAUUGACGUUACAGAACGGAGAAAUUUGGUUUAUAACCAGAGAAGUCUCCUUGCCAGAGAUACUAAAGGUCACGUUACCGCCGGCAUAUAUUUCCCCGUUAUAUUGGAUAUGAACAAUACACAGACCUUCACAAUUUUCUACCAGACUGGUAACGGGAAGAAGCGAGUCAAGAUGGCAUUCAAUAAGUUUCACGGUUCGCGUAAGAUAAGUCCUGAUACCGAGGAAAUGGAGAUGAUAGCGGAAUGUGCUCGACAACUCAAUAUUUCGCAAGAUAUCCUGCAAGAUAUCCUCUCUGCUUUAGCCACUAUCAUGAAUGAUUCGUCAUUUUUGGCACAGUUGUUGGCUAUCAAUGCAAGAAUUAACACCUUAGCAGAGGACAAUUAACAAACAGAAGUCACUCCAAUUAAUGGAGCGUCGACACAACAUCACGUUUUAUUAUUUCUUUUGCCCGCUUUCCUCUUACGUUCUUUCUUUUUUAUUAUUUCUCAUAGCUUAUUCGUUCUUUUAUUUGUUUUAAUCAUGCUUUAUUACGACGCUACAUUUGCAUAUAUAUAAGACGAGUCAUGCAAUCUUGCAAACUCUUCAUUUUUUGUUGUAG